AUGCUGGCUUGGUUGUCACGCUCUCGGGGCUGGUUGCUCCCAUUGAAGUAUCGUUCAGCGUGCAAGCUCGCUUAUGUUGUCAAAGGUUGGAGUCCGACGGCACUGCUUGACACCUACCAAGCAGAACGACGCAGGUCCGCUCAGGGACUCAUCCCCUUCGACAAGUGGUUUGCCGAAGGUUUCAGCGCCAAAGCGCGCGCCAAGCUGGUGGAUAAUGGUUCCGACGUCGCGCUGCCCGGUCCGCUCGAGUACGCCCGCUGUUCUGCUGGUCGUCUCGCAAGCCGUCGCAAUUUCCAGAGCGCAGACGACGUCAAAACCCAGACUUUGCCCCCCACGCUGACAGUCGGCAAACGCACCCCUCCCUAUUCCUUCGAGGAGAACAGGCUUGUGGAUGUCGAGAGAGCGCUACGAGGUGUCCUUGACGAGUUCAGCGCGGACAAAUUCCUGCCGCUUCUCGUCGCACUCUCCACAAUCAGCGAUGAUAUGAACUACUUGGAUGUUCCGGUGGGGUUGCGAAGAAUUGGACAUGUGCCUUCCGCCAUUCCACUUCUUUUGCGCCCCUCUGACUUUGCAAUCCGCGUGUCUUGGUGA